CCACUUUAAGGCAGGCGCUGCCCGCGGAGGUCUCUCCAGGCUGGAGCACGGGGCGCAGGCAGCAGCCCUGAGCUCUGCAGGGCUCGCAGCCGCUGGCUGCUCUCUACCUAAUGACAUUUGGCUGCUCGGGAGACAUCCGACAGGCGAGCUGAAGGCUUUCUCCUCCUGCGGCAGAGUUGCACCUGGGGCAGGCAGCAGCUGCCCCCAUGGCAGCGGCCGCGGGCUCUGCUGCAGUCAAACCUACCAAGUCCUGCAAGAAGCAUCGCCCGGCAAAGCGGCAGGCUGGCAUCUACACCUACCAGGAGCCCCCCCACAGCAACUCGGAUGAGGACGCUGGUGAAGAAAAGGCUGAGAGCCACGACCCAGAGCAGAUCUUCCAGAACAUCCAGUGCCAGAAGGAGAUAAUGUCCAACAUCCGCUGCCGGCCGUGGCCCAUGAGGCAGAAGCUGAGGGCGCUCAGGCAAGCAAAGGAGAUCGUGCUGAAGUACGAAGGGAGGCUCACCAGAACCAGGGGUUACCAAGCUGCUGGUGCAGAGCUUUGGAGGAAGUUUCUUCGCCUUGCAUAUAACUUUGUGGUCAUCUUUAUUCCCUGGGAAAUGAGAAUAAAGAAAAUUGAGAGUCACUUUGGGUCUGGAGUUGCCUCCUACUUCAUCUUCUUGAGAUGGCUGUUUGGAAUCAACAUUGUGCUGACCAUAAUGACAGGAGCGUUCGUAGUCUUACCCGAGCUGCUGGCCGGAGCCCCGUUUGGCAGCACCCUCAGCAAGACCAUCCCCAAGGAGCACAUUGCAUCUGCUCAAGACCUGGACACCAUCUGGUCACUAGGGGGCUACCUCCAGUACUCUGUUCUCUUCUACGGCUACUACGGGCGCGACAGGAGGAUCGGGAAAGCUGGGUACCGGCUGCCUCUCGCCUACUUCCUUGUCGGAAUGGCAGUGUUUGCUUACAGCUUCAUCAUCCUCUUGAAGAAAAUGGCAAAAAACUCAAGAAUGAGCUUGGCAAGUGCCUCUGAUGAGAAUUACACCUUCUGCUGGAGACUCUUCUGUGCCUGGGACUACUUAAUUGGAAACCCCGAGGCUGCAGAGAGCAAAGCUGCUGCCAUAGUUAACAGCAUUAGGGAAGCUAUACUGGAAGAGCAGGAGAAGAAGAAAAGCAAAAACUUGUAUGUAUAUCAGACCAGAGACCCCUGCCAAAGCACUGCUUCAUUGCAGACAGCAGUGCUAACCUGCUUGUCUCUUUUAGAAACCAUGUUAGAAAAGACCCCUGGUGCCAUAAGCCAACCUACUGUACUAGCUGGGGCUUCUGUUUCUCUUUCCAGGGCAGUGACUAUCAGCUUAAGAAUCAUUGCAAACAUUCUUGUGCUCCUCUCUCUUGCUGGAAGCAUUUACAUCAUAUACUUUGUGGUGGAUCGAUCCCAAAGGUUGGAGCGUGCCAAGAAGGAACUGACUCUCUGGGAAAAGAAUGAGGUCAGUGUGGUGGUGUCCCUGAUCACAAUGAUUGCACCCUCUGCUUUUGAGCUUGUGGCAGCUCUAGAGAUGUAUCACCCAAGGACCACUCUUCGCUUCCAGCUCGCCAGGGUUCUUGUUCUGUACCUGGGAAACCUCUACAGCUUAAUCAUUGCUCUCCUGGACAAGGUGGACAGCAUGAGUGUCACAGACUCUGAUGUUAACAACAAUGCAGGCAAUUCCACCACCUUCUUAGCAACCAAAACUCUUUCUAAAGAAGACAAUUUCUCUACAACUGUUCCUGAUUUACACAUUAAGAGCAAUGGCAUUGUCACGCUGGAAGAGAGUCUCACUCAGGGCUUGACUGUCUCCCACUCGCUGGUUAACAACACAGCUUCCUUUAACCCUCAGAACCCUCAGGAUCAGUGCUGGGAGACAUACGUCGGUCAAGAGAUGCUGAAGCUUUCAAUCAUCGACAUGAUUUUCACAGUGGCAAGCAUCCUGCUGAUUGAUUUCUUCCGUGGGCUGUGUGUCCGGUAUUUGAGUGACUGCUGGUGCUGGGAUCUAGAAAGCAAGUUUCCAGAGUAUGGAGAAUUCAAAAUCGCAGAGAACGUCUUGCAUUUGGUCUACAAUCAGGGGAUGAUCUGGAUGGGAGCUUUCUUUUCACCUUGCCUACCAGCAUUUAACGUCCUCAAGCUGAUUGGCCUGAUGUACCUGAGGAGCUGGGCUGUGCUGACCUGCAAUGUGCCACACCAGCAGGUGUUCAGAGCCUCUCGGUCCAACAACUUCUACCUGGCCAUGCUGCUGUUCAUGCUGUUCCUGUGCAUGCUCCCAACCAUCUUUGCUAUUGCUCGCUACAAGCCAUCUUUAAGCUGUGGUCCCUUCAGUGGACAAGAAAAAAUUUAUGAUAUUGUUUCUGAAACGAUUCAGAAUGAUUUCCCCACGUGGUUCAACACAGUGAUCACCUACAUCAGCAGCCCUGUGGUUGUCCUCCCUGCACUGCUGCUUCUGUUUAUGCUAAUUUAUUACCUACAAAGUAUUGCAAGAUCAUUAAAAUUCACCAACAAUCAACUGAGGAUGAAGAUCCAAACAGAGCGAACUGAAGAUAAGAAGAAGGUGGUGCAGAUGGCAGUAGCCAGAAUCCAAAAUCUGGAUGGGAAUGACAAGAGACCAGAGCAAGAAAAUGAUCUCAUCAGCCAGGAGUCCUCUGCUUGGUCCUCAACGCCCCGAAAAAACGGCAGUGUCUUGAACUUUGAAUCUCCUGUGAGCAAAGGCAUUAGAAUCCAAACCAUUUCCCAGGCUGUGCCCCAGGCUGUGCCCUCAGCUGAUACUGCAAGACCUGCUGAUGUAGCUCCCACAAGCGCUGUAACGCCAGCUGCCUCGGCAGGGAGUGUACAGAAGGCACAAAACGAUCACGUCACGAGCAGGUACUCAAGCGCUGUGCACAGCAGUGCGAGUGAGCUCUGCAGAGCAAAGCCCUACACACCAGUGCCUUCCAAGAAGCACACUGAGGAUGUUCACUCUGAGCCUCUCUUCAGGAGAGGCCUUCGGCAGGUGAGCGCGGAGGCCUUUGGGGCAGGCACACCUCUUUUGGUGGGACGCAGCCCCUGUGCCAGGUAUUUCCUGGUGAAUGAGAAGGAGCCCCGCCGAAAGCCGCUGCGCUCCGCCUCGCGCCUCCAGAGGCACCUCAGGAGGGACAACUCAGGAGACAUCAUUGAGCUGUACCCACAGAGUGUCAGGAGGUAUGUGGUUCGAACGCCACGCCAGGUGUACUCCCCACACCCCAGCGAAGAUGAGGAGGAUGAAGAGGAACUCGGGAGAGAAUUCAUGAGCAGAUCUCUCCGCCCUCGCUCACUGUCUGACCUUCGCCCAGCACCACGAUUUUACAUUGGGGAGCAUGGUGAUAGCCACGUUCUUCUGAGCAAGGACCUAGCCAGGGUGCAUUACAAGUCCUGGAACGAUGGCUUCGAGCUAGAUCUGGACAGGCCUCCGUACGCCUACAAGAAAGUGCACCUGAACUACCCUGAGCCGCCUGUGAAACCAAAAUCAAAGCAGAAGCUGGAGCAGUCUCUAACGGAAUCUGAUUCUGUUUCCAUUGAAUCCAGCAGCGAUCCACAGAACAGCAGCAAUGACCAGUACAUCCAGGUCAUUCAUAGCAAGGACAAGUAUCCCAGAUCUGGGACAAAAUUUGCCAAAAAGAAACCAAAACCCAGUCUCAAUCUCACUAUGUCUGGGCCUAAUGAGCUUGUGUGCUCAAAUGUCUGACCUUGCUGUGCUGCCAGCUAGCUUGUACCUCUCGCUGCCUGCAGCAGCAGCAGCACCUGCAGCCACUCCAGGUGGAAGAUGCACAGCUUGCGUCUGUCUGUUAACCCUGCCUUGCUUUAGUGUCACAGCUGCUAUAUUGUGAAAGUCAGAAGAGAAAAUUAUUUCAAUUACUUGCUGUUCUGCUAUUGGAAACUAAACCUCACCUGCAAAGUAAAGAGCUUUAAUUAAAGCGCUGUAAA